AUGUUUUUAUUACCAAAAUACAAUUCUUUUUUUAUUUUUUUAUUAUUAGCUAGUGUUAUUCCUAUAUUAGCUUUUUCUAUUUCUAAGUUUUUAGCACCUAAUAAUACUCAAGGACCAGAAAAACUAACUAGUUAUGAAUCAGGAAUAGAACCAAUGGGUGAUGCUUGGAUUCAAUUCCAAAUUCGCUAUUAUAUGUUCGCGUUAGUUUUUGUUAUUUUUGAUGUAGAAACAGUUUUUUUAUAUCCAUGGGCCAUGAGUUUUAAUGAUUUAGGCUUAUCUGCAUUUAUUGAAGCUUUAGUUUUUGUAUUUAUUCUAAUUAUUGGUUUAGUUUAUGCAUGGCGAAAAGGAGCACUAGAAUGGUCUUAA